AUGCGCCGGGGGGCGAUCCACGGCCCAUUGGUGGCACAGUAUCUGGCCCGGGUGGCCCGGUUCAAGGAGAAACUGGCCGUGGCCAUCCAUAUGACGGCGGGGCAGCCGGCACGGGCCCCCGAGCUGCUCAGUGUGCAGUAUGUCAACACGCCGAACAACCAAUUCCGCAAUGUGUUCAUUGAGGAUGGGAUGGUGACACUGGUGACUGCAUACCACAAGGGCUUCCAUGCGAGCAACGACAGCAAGCUGAUCCACCGGUAUGUGCCACGGGCGGUCGGGGAGUUGGUGGUGUGGUAUAUGUGGCUGGCGAUGCCAUUCAUUGGCCAGUUGACAGCGUGGCAGGCCGGCACUGCGCAUGGCACGGUGAAUGGCACAUCGAAUGGUAUGUCAAAUGGCACAUCGAACGGCACAUGGAAUGGUAUGUCGAAUGGCACAUCGAAUGGUAUGUCGAAUGGCACAUCGAACGGCACAUUGAAUGGCACACGAGCCGGCACGGUGAAUGGCACGGUGAAUGGUACAGUGAAUGGCAUGUCGAACGGCACAUCGAACGGCACAUUGAACAGCACAUUGAACAGCACAUGGAAUGGCACACAAGCCGGCACAUUGAAUGGCACACUGAAUGGCACGGCGAACGGCAUACUGAAUGGCACACUGAUUGGCACACAAGCCGGCACGGCGAAUGGCACACGAGCCAGCACGGUGAAUGGCACAUCAAACAGCACAUUGAACGGCACAUGGAAUGGCACACGAGCCGGCACGGUCAAUGGCACACUGAAUGGCAGGGCGAACGGCACACUGAAUGGCACAUCAAACGGCACAGCAAAUGGCAUAUCAAACGACACACUGAAUGGCACAUCGAACAGCACAUUGAACGGCACAUCGAACAGCAUGUUGAACGGCACAACAAACAGCAUACCGAUUGGCACACGAGCUGGCACAGUGAAUGGCACAUCGAACAGCACAUUGAACGGCACAUGGAAUGGCACACCAAAUGGUACGGUGAAUGGCAUGUUGAAUGGUAGACUGAACGGCACAUCAAACAGCACAUCGAACAGCACACCGAUUGGCACACCGAUUGGCACACAGGCCGGCACAUCAAAUGCCAUGUCGAAUGGCACAACGAUUGGCACACCGAAUGGCACGGCGAACGGCACACUGAAUGGCACAUUGAUUGGCACGUCGAACGGCACACCGGCAUGGCAGCCCCCCAGCCCAUAUUUAUGGGGCCCCGACCCGGGCAUGCAGCGGCCAUGGACCCCCGAGCGAUUCCGGGAGGUGUUGAAGCGGGAGACCCAGGCCCGGCUCGGCCAGGCAUUGAAUAUUCCGGCGUACCGGGACAUUGCCAUUGGCAUCAGCCGGCGGUUCCUGCGGGCAUCCAGCACAUUCACCAGUGACCGCCAGGAUGAAACGGAGCAGGCGGCGGCAUUGGAUGCUGACUGUGAGGACGGCAUGGAUGCGGACCAGUGGAUGGCGCAUAUGACGGAUUUACAGGCGGGCCAUUCAUCGCACGUGGCGGGGAUGGUAUAUGGGCGGCAGCUGAUGGAGCAGGCGGGCACAACAAGCCACCGGCGGGCAAUGUUCCGGCAGUCCAGUGUGGAUUGGCACCAGUUUCUGGGGUUCGGCUGCGGCACGGGGGUUCCAGGAGAUGUCCAUGCCGACAUUGAUGCCGGUGGGCUUCGGGCUGGCUUGGUGGAUGAAGGCAGCUGUCCAAGCCGCCGUCCCGGUCAGGAACAGGUUAGGGCUCGCUUGGUGGAUGAUCCCGGUCAGGAAUGGGUUAGGGCUUGCUUGGUGGAUGAUCCCGGUCAGGAAUGGGUUAGGGCUUGCUUGGUGAAUGAUCCCGGUCAGGAACGGGUUAGGGCUCGCUUGGUGAGUGAUCCCAGUCAGGAAGGGGUUAGGGCUCGCUUGGUGGAUGAAGGCAACCGUCCAAUUCACCAUCCCGGUCAGGAACGGGUUAGGGCUCGCUUGGUGGAUGAAGGUAGCUGUCCAAUUCACCAUCCCGGUCAGGAACGGGUUAGGGCUUGCUUGGUGAAUGAUCCCGGUCAGGAACGGGUUAGGGCUCGCCCCGUGCUUGGGAAACGCAAGCGGGCCCCAUGGCAGGUGGAGGCUGAGGAGCACCACAUGGAGCGGCGCCACCAGCUGCAGACCAUGGACAUGGCCGCUGCGCUGCAGCAGAUGACCGGUCAGGCCGGCAUGCAGUUCCAGGGCAUCCAGGCACCCGCCAUGGCGGCGAUCCAGCAGGGCAAGAGCCCCGUGGUGGCAGUCAUGCCCACCGGCGGUGGGAAAAGCAUGUUAUUCAUGUUGCCCGCGUGGGCCGUCCCCGGGGGCACCACCAUUGUGGUGGUGCCAUUGAUCUCGCUGCGGCAGGAUAUGCAGCAGCGGUGCCGGCGGCUAGGCAUCCCAUGUAUGGCAUGGGACCGGCAGCAGCCAUGUGAUGAAGCAGCCAUUGUGCUGGUCACACCGGAAUCGGCUGUCACCCCCGAUUUCCAUUCAUUCAUCAACCGGUUGGUGGUGAUGCAGCGGCUGGACCGGGUGGUGAUUGAUGAAUGCCACAUCAUUAUGAACCAGCAGAAGAACUUCCGGUCCGCCAUGGCACAGCUUGGGAAGCUCGUUCGGGCCCGUACACAGAUGGAUCAGAUCGAUAUAUAUCGGGCCCGCACGAGCCGCGGCAAUGUGGCAUAUGGGGUGUGGCGGCCACCGAUUCCACACACUGCACCACAUGGAUAUGGAUGGGAGCAGGAUGCCUGGAUUAUUCAGUUCCUGCAGGCGCAGCUCCAGUGGGCCCGGGCCCGGGGGGAAGAUGGUGAUAUAUGCCAACCGGGUCCACCAGGUGCAGGCGAUGGCGGCGGUAUUGGGAUGUGA